UGGGCUGUGGUCAACAACGCUGGGGUCCUCCAGUUGCCAAUAGAUGGGGAACUCAUUCCCAUGACCCACUACAGAAAAUGUAUGGCCGUGAACUUCUUCGGAGCAGUGGAGGUCACCAAGGUGUUUCUGCCUCUACUUAGAAAAUCCAAGGGGCGGCUGGUGAAUGUUAGCAGCAUGGGAGCUGAGGUCCCAAUACAAAUGAUGGCAGCCUACUGCUCCACGAAGGCAGCUUUGACCAUGUUUUCAUCAAUCAUCAGACAAGAAGUCUCCAGAUGGGGAGUCAAAGUUGUUACCAUCCAACCUGGAGGUUUCAAAACAAACAUCACAGGCCCACCUGACACUUGGGAUAAGAUGGAGAAGGAAAUCCUGGACCACCUUCCCCAGGAGAUACAGGAUGACUAUGGCCAGGACUAUGUCCAUACACAGAAGAACUUGCUCCAGAUCAUGAAAGACAAGUCCUUCUCAGACAUCACCCCUGUGCUGCAGGACAUCCAGCAUGCCAUUUCUGCCAAGAACCCCUCUUCCUUUUAUGCCCCAGGGAGAAUGACUUACCUGUGGAUCUGCUUCUCCUCCUAUUCCCCGACCAGCUUAUUGGACUAUAUUUCGCAAAAAUGUUUUAUUCCAAAACAGAUGCCAAGAGCUCUAAGGACAUCGAGUUAGAAGAUCAAGGCCCCCAUGGGGUAGGAAAUGUCACGUUCUUAGAAUGAA